AUGUCGGAAGUGUCGAACUCUUUCUCGGCUUGGGAGACCCUGCCGAAGGACGAACCUCCUCUGUGCAUCGCAGUUCGACGCCCAGAGUCACCUCCACGCCACUAUGAGGCGGUUCGGCGACGACCUGUGGUGAAAGCUAAGCUCGCCGUGGCAAGGCUGCUUAGUUCGAGGAAAAGUCUUUUUGCCGCUCCAGCAUAUUCAUUGCCUCAGUACUGCCCCUGCACACUGGGCCCUGCCGUCUCAGACGCUGGACGGUAUGGCGACCGAGCGUAUCAAAUUUCACGUGAUUGCUCUACAGGAGACCAAGUGCAGAAGGAGCGACGUACGACAGAUGAACGACGGCACGCUCGUCAUUCGCGGAGAGAAGGCUCCGUCGCGAAAUAUAGGCGGUGUUGGUUUUGUUGUGCAUCUGUCAUCCAUCUUGUCGAUUCUCACGAAUUCCUGUCACCUCGUCUGGCCAUUCUUCGCCUCCGCAUUUUGCGCCAGAAACCCAUCAGUAGCAUCAACUGCUACUCACCAACGUUAGCAGCUGAUGAAUCCGAAUUGGAGGCGUUUUACGAGGAGCUGGAGGAAGUGAUGCGCAACGAGAAGACCUUCUACAAAUUCGUUGUCGGAGACUUCAACGCAAAACUAGGAAAGGCUACAGAAGAGGAAUAUAGAAUUGGAAGAUUUGAACUAGGGGACCUAAAUGUGCGACUCGUGCAGAGAUCGACCACAUACUCACCAACCGGAGGUGAUGUCCAUUUGACUUCUCAGUAG